AUGGAGAAAAGAGGAGCUGACCGAUGCAGUAUGAUAACCGGAAAGAGCACCCACAAUCAGCGAAUAGAGUGUUUGUGGCGAGAUGUGUUUACUGCUGUACUGUCAUAUUAUUAUGAACUAUUUAAUUUUCUCGAGGAUGAGGGUGUUGUGGACCCACUUAACCCGAUCUGUAUCGCAGCUUUACACCAUGUAUUUCUACCAAGAAUCAAUAAAAAGUUGGAAUUAUGGAUGACAGCAUGGGCAAAUCAUAAAAUGCACACGACAAGAACAAGCCCUCUGCGUUUGUGGCUGUCAAGCCAAAUGCAAAAUCCUGUUGGCCUUUCCGAAACAGCCACCGAAGAUGAAGUAGCUAACUAUGGCAUAGAAGGAAUUUUGUUUGAAACAGAAAAGUUGAGUGAAAAUUGUCUAUCUCAGCUAGUAAGUGACAUUCCAGAUCUAAGCCCAUCAGUUAACCAUGGCAUUGAUUUAUAUUUAAGAGCUAUUGAUAUAAUUCAGCAUUAUUCAAAUAAUAGUUGA